AAGCCGAAUCCACUAGAUAACACAAUAUUAGACCCAGUUUUACUUCAUACAACAUUAGACAUUGCUACAUAGCACUCAUCAUAGACGUUUCAACCUUAAUCUAAUCUAUUUAAAACCAUAAUAUGCCUUCACUUACUAGCAACGGCGGCGGCACCGACUCGCCUUCCUUAUCUCCCACAACUAGCAAUGUGGAAUCCACCCCCAAUGGCUCAUCUCGAGUACCCCCCGUGCCUCCCAUCAUCGUCCUUUCUGGAGCAUCUGGCAAAAACACACCCGUGGAUGAACUAAAAGCAGAAUCACUCCCGCAUCAUCUCGUGCAGACCCACAGUGACUCAGAACUAAUCACCCUCAAGCAAAGUUCCAAACGACCAACAAAAUUGAAUCGGGCAAGGACCGAUUCUGACGAUGAAGUCAAUUCAGAUGAUGACAAUGAUGACGAUGACGACGACUUACUAGACUAUUUAAAACACAGACAAUCAGAUGAUUACAAGUAUAUCAAGUUUCCCAUACUUGAGCAAGAAGAACCACCUAGCAAAUUCUUUCACAACUCCGUAUCCUUCGACGAUAUAAACCUCAGAUGUGACACUGAUGAUGAACCGGAAUGGAAUGACGAUCUAGGCUGGGAUUUGUUCCGAUUGCACAAUGCCAAGGGGAAGAACGUCAAGGGUUACUCCAACAAUUACUACUACUCAUCGACCAGAGGCCGUGACUCGUUGCGAUCUCCUUCUCCCGGCGGAGGUACCUCCCCCUUGGCAUCGCCCACACGAAGAAAUAGCAGUCCUGAAAACCUAGUGGGAAGUUCAAGCAUCAGUGGAGUGUUUGAUGCUGUGGAUGGAGUGCCCGGCGGAUUCAUCGAGUAUCCGUCCCAGCCGAUCACCCAACGGAAAUGUUGCUCCAUUUCCCGUCAACAUGUGCUCUAUGAAGCGUUAUACAAGGGUAAGCUUCCAUUCCUUCCGAAGUUGCCCAACAGAUCCAUCCUUGUGUAUGUUAGUGGAAGAAGACACACCUGGGUUGCCCUCGACUGGAUCUUGACCAAGUUUAUAGAGAAUGGAGACAAAGUGAUCAUUGUAUCUUCCGUGAAUGCCGAUAUUCUCGAACGGAGAAGAAAGAGGGGCCGCAAAGGAUCCACAUUCACUUCCCCACCCAAAUUUGGCAGUACCACCGCACCGUUAAUGCGUGUGCGUCAACGUACGGUGCCUCACAACAUUCGAAACAUUGCCCUGGACAUUAUGGAUUACGUCUUGACGAUAAUUGACCCCAAAGUGAUUGCUAAAGUCGUGGUGGAGAUUGUGGCUGGGAAAACCAAGGAGGUGUUGAAGGACUUGUAUCGGUUGUAUGAACCUAAUUUGGUGUGUACUGGUACUAAACCCAAUAUUAAGACUGGGGCACCCUUGAAAUCGUGGACUUCGUCGAAAUUGACUGACCGAUUGGUUAAGAACUUCCCGUUGCCCGUAAUUGUCGUCCCUGCAGUCAACAUGUCGCAAUUUGAAUUGGAAUUACAGCUGAGAUUCGUGGAUGCCAUUCCCGAGGAACCACACCAUGCAUUAUCACCCAAGCUUGAAGAGAGUGUCGGUGAUGACAGUUCGAUCAACUCCUGUGGCAGUAGUGGUGAUCCAAGUAGUCAGAACGACCAAACUGACCAGUCAAGUGCCGGUAGUUACAGUUCAUACGAUGAGAUCUCCAAUCUUUACAUUAAUUAUAAGCGUGACGUGGAAAGUGAGCUUGAUCAAGCCAGAGAACUCCCCGUUUCGGCCAACUACUAUGCCAAUUUAGCCAAGAUUAUUUCCGACAAGUCGUCCAGUUUGUGUUCGGAUAUCGUUGAUGUGAGUCCUGACUUCCGUGGCAAUGGGUCGAAACUAGCACGAGCCAUCACUGGAUCAAACUCAUUUGGAGUUGUACCAUUCCGAACCAAAUCAUUGUUGGGUCCUGUUGAGGACACCACACCCAAGUUGAGUUUCAAGGAGGUCAAAGAGCAACUUAAGAAGAACAAAUUGCAAGAUGAUGCUCAGUACUUGAAGCCAAGAGCCACCUCGUUGAAGUUUGCUGAUGACGUGAAGCCGAAUGUAAUCAACAAGAAGAACUUGGGUAAGAUCAGAAGUCAUGAGGUUACGAGUGCACGACCCAAAUUGGAACCGAGAAAGUCUCACCCUGGUGAACUUAAAUUGAGCCAACUGGAGGACAUGUUGGUUACUGAGAAAACCAAGAAGAGUAAGAAGAAGGGAUUUUGGAAAUCGUUGUUUACAUAGAUAUAGAAUUAUACAAUAUAUUAAUCAAUAUGGAUUUACCGUAA